GUAAACCGCUGGGUGGAUCCAUCCUUCUCUGAUUUGUCAGACACACAGAUAGUUUCAUGUGGAAGGAGAAAAGCUGAGCAUUUUCUGGGGUCCAAACUCAAAGAGAAGAAGGUUCGGGGGCAGAAAGGGGGGACGAGCGAGUCUGAUCAGCUGACGACCCAAAGAAACGUGGACGAGACCUGGGUCGACAGGUACUCACCUGCUUCACAGACUGAACUGGCUGUCCAUAAAAAGAAAAUUGAAGAAGUAGAGAACUGGUUGAGAACCCACACCGAUGCAUCAAAGUUACAGGCUGGUAUUUUGAUACUGACUGGACCAUCGGGCUGUGGCAAGACUGCUACAGUCCACGUUCUAUCCCGGGAGAUGGGUAUUAGAGUCCACGAAUGGACCAACACAUCCAGCUUAGAACCAUACAGCAGCAGUCAGCAAGUGCUGUCCGCAUCAUCCCACAGCUGUCCAUCCAAAGGCUGUGCUGUGCACGAGGCGUAA